UGAUCCACUCUUUUCUGACGGCAGGAAGACCGGAGUCCAGAGACCGUUACAUGCUCUCUACUUCCGGAUUAACGUUACUGCUCAUAAUGUUCGCUUCGUAGUAUAGUUGCUCACCCGAAUGAUCUUUAAAAGCGAUUGUUUUUAUAGAUUGGCGUGUGUCUGAAAGACGGUCUUCGAAUAAACUCUCAACUACGUUUUAAUCUACUCUCAAGCAACUGUUGGAUUUACGCGUUUAAAUGAAACUUGUAAGAGCUGUUGUGAUGUGACACCCACGCGCCACAAAGAAAGGCUAAUGUUGCGUGUUUACACGGAAAAUGUACAUCUUUGUCGUUAAACGUAUACGCGUUGACUCUGGGAAGUCGCGUUAUGUUUAUACGAUGGUAAUUUCCUAUAAACAAGCGUCGUGGAUCAAUUUAAAAAAACAAAAAAAACACGCAUCGUUCUCUUAACAGAUUUGCGUGUUGACUGACUGAUGUUUGAGGGAGUGGUAGAAAAAGACGGCGUUUUGUUUUUUUGUUUUCUUUAACAUACAAAUGUGAUUAUUGUUCAAAUUCGACCAUAAACAUAAACCGGGAGCAUAAGAAAUCAAACUCUCCGGGAUCCAGCACCGUGUACGAGCAGCUGACAUCUGGAUCAGCUCGGUUCGUUAUUCCUGGCUUCGUGAGGAUGUGCUGAUAGCAAGUGCUAAUGGGAAGAGACAUUUUGAUUAAUGCUGGACUGGCUCUUAUGGUUUCAAGUUAACAUCGUUCAGACUCAAUGUUUUUAUGGCUUGACGACGUGACUUUAGUCAAAAAAAAAAAAGUUAAAAGGUGGUUUUGAUGGUUUUUCUUUUGAGCUUAUAGUAAAAAUGUCUGGGUGGUGUCAUACAAGAUUAAAUCUAAUUAAAAGGCUGACAUUCUUGCGGGGAAAAAAAGUGCAGAACUGUCCAAAAUAUUAUUUGAAUUCAUUUUUAAAAUAUUAAUAUUUAAAACAGAGAACCGUUAGAAGUGAAUCAGAUUGUUUUGAUAUAUAUAUAUUUAUCCUUUAGUGGAAAAGGCAUAUAAUUUGGAUUAAAUUAAUUUAAUCCAACAUUUUCUUGAUCUAUCAAUUCCACCAGUGAUUGUCACAACACAUUAAGUGGAUUGUCACUAAACAUAAAGAUUUUGUGGGUUGCAUGAGUGACCAGUAAAAUUAACACUUGAACAAAUUUAGGCCAUGCUAUUUGGGUUACUAACAAUAGAAAUUAGGACAGAUGUGUGUUAUAUGUGUUGAACUACAUGUGGUCAUUAAGAGAAACAACCAUACUAAAAGUCAAAUCAGUUCUCUCCGACCUAAUUGCAAAUCGCAGAUUUCAGUCUAUAUUGUUUAACGUCGUAAUGCAGAUAUCUGUCUAUAUUGUUUAAUAAAAGCAUAAAGUGCUGAUGUGUGCUCACAACUAAUGUUAUUCUUUUUUUUUUUUGGUUCUGGCAAAUAGCUACUCCAUCAAUCUCUUUUUAGUAUUCAACCCCUCUAAACACGAACAUGUUAGACUGACAUUUAGGAACAUUAUGUACUAAUCAUCCUACUAAUUAAAGUGAAGUUAUGUGUAAUAGGUCAAGGCUUAUUCUACUGGAGUUUCUCUAUUUGGUAUAAAAUAGUGGUCCUGAAUUCAAAGUGUCACUUUGUGGUACAAAAGAAGUAGAAAAAAGAAACCACACACAGCCUCAUUCCUUUUUCGUCACAGUCUCAUGUUUCCAUGACAACAGUGACAUCAGCGCUGUGCAGAGAUGUGUGUAAGGAUGAAAGACUCCUUUGCUGUGGUUCUCUAUGGUUACUAGCCUCUGCCAGCCAACAGCAAAAGUUAUUCAGUCACAUGAUCAUUUGACCUACAUGGUGACUAACUCAUUAGCAAUUACAGUAAAAAAUAAAUAAUAUAUAUAUAUAUAUAUAUAUAUAUAUAUAUAAUCCAACAAUGCAAUAACACAUGCAUUUAACUGAAAAAGGCAGGUUUUUUGUUUUCAUACAUCAGUUAAAAAUGUACAUCAAGCCCAUGGAAACUUUAGAAUUUAUUAGAAAUAUUUGAUUGAAAUGACCAGUUUAAAAGAACUGAUUUAGUUAAACAACAUUCAAUCACAAAUUUCAGGAGCGACACUCACUUUGUCCUUUUAUUAUACUUUAGGUAGGCAAUAGUAAGUUAUGAAUUACUUUCUUUUUUAGUUCGUAGCAUUACUUCAUCCUGUACUUUCUAGCUCUUUUUUAUUUUUUAGAUUUAUGAACAAUCGUGCACCAUCUAAUAAGAGAUAUCAGCCAACAGAAUAUGAACACGCUGCCAACUGUGCCACACAUGCGCUCUGGAUCAUUCCCAGCAUUGUGGGUGGGAUCUUGUUGUUCCUCUUAUCUGAUGACCACUGGGAGGAGAUUUCAGCAUGGCUCUAUGGGGCAGGACUAUCAAGCCUUUUCAUCAUAUCCACAGUUUUCCAUACUAUCUCCUGGAAAAAGGCUCAUCUCCGAUCGGUUGAGCACUGUUUCCACAUGUGCGACAGGAUGGUGAUUUAUUUCUUCAUUGCAGCGUCCUACACACCUUGGCUGACGCUGCGGGAUCUUGGUCCAUGGGCUGCCCACAUGCGUUGGGUGGUCUGGGUGAUGGCAUCUGGAGGAACUGCCUAUGUGUUCUUCUUCCAUGAAAGGUUUAAAGUUGUAGAGUUGAUCUGUUACAUAGCAAUGGGUGUUUUCCCCGCUCUUGUCAUCCUCUCUAUGGCAGACAGGUCAGGUCUGUGUGAGCUGUUGGUUGGUGGCGGGUUUUAUGUGUUGGGCAUGGUGUUCUUUAAAAGUGAUGGAGUAGUGCCCUUUGCUCACGCUAUAUGGCACCUGUUUGUUGCAAUGGGAGCAGGCAUCCAUUACUAUGCCAUCUGGAAGUACCUGUACACACCUGUCAAUCAACCAACCAGUACGGCCCGGUGACACACACAUGCAUACACCUAACCACAAAAUCAAUUAAUAUAUAUUUGUCACUAAAGUGCUACUAAAGCAUAAGCAGUAUUGUUUAUUUGUUCUGUUGUAUUUUUGCUAGCGAACGGUUUGACUGAUGUCAUUCUUGUCACUUAUUAAUAGGUCUUUAACUAGCACAUACAACAGAAAUUACAUCUAGCCUUUGUGAGACUGCAGGCAGCAGGGGUCAUUUUGGACCUGAGGCCGUGUGGAUCCAGAACAAGAACGUUUCUAGAAAACUAUGGACGUAUUACAUGAAGGUUUACAGUUUGUUUUAAAAGUGAAGGUAAAAUCACUGCCAGAUAUUUGUAAAAACACUCAUCCUGGAUAGUAAUUACUUGACGACAGUUUAAAGGUUUUUCUGUAGUGUCUUUAAACCGAUUUGGGAUUAUUCCACUGUAAUUCUGCCACUGCCAGUGUGGAGAUUGUCUUAUUCCUGUCAGAAAUAUGAGUACAUUUCGUAUUACUGUACACGGUAUCAAUUCUCCAUGCUUCUAGUCUAGUGCUAGUCUGUUGCAUUUUUGGAUAUGUAAUGUCUUUGGAAAAUGCCACAAGUGCUUGAUGACUAUGUCCAGGGAAAGAUUUGCCUGGACCGAUCAUCUGAUUUCAUGGUUUAAUUGAAAAGUUCAGGCUCUCAUAUUAUGAUUGUGCUUUUUUUUUUUUUUUGUGUGACUUUGAAAUGUUUCAUGUGGUAACGUGUAUUUAUUGAUUUUAAUCAAGUCAAAGUAUUAUUUAACAUUUUAAUUAAUAUUAAAUGACUGAAUCACCAUGACUACAUCAUAGGAUUACACCAACAAAUCAUUUUAAGUGUUAACUCAUAGAAAAACGGCUCACUUUUUACAGUUUUUACUGCAUUGAGACUUGCGUGGUGCCAAUUUAAGGCUUUUGCCUGUUUUACUGCAUUCCAAUUCGGUGAAAAUCUGAAAACAAAAAGUGUUUUAUUUUAGUUGUUAUUUAUUCAUUUCAAUUUACAGCUGCUGUAGAUGUUAUAUUACAGAUUAUUUUAUAUGAGAACUUAAUAGGGUAUGAAAAACAUCAGCUGUUUGCCUUCAUCGUAGGUUUCACAAAGAGGAGUAAAAACUACAUUUUGACUUUAGUCAGAUUCACCUCAGAUCAGUUUGAGAAGCAAUGCACCCAAAACUGAAACCUGUCAUCAUUUACUCACACCUGUUUAGAUCCAUACCUGCAUUUUUUUGUCUUUCUUCUGUAGAAUACUAAAUGAAAUAUUUAGCAGAAUGUCCAGGCUGCUUGUUUCCACCACAGGAUAAAAAACGGCAGUUGUGACUUUUUUUAGGGCUGCAAAAUCGCGAUUAAUCGCAUUCAAAAUGACAGUUUAUGUUUACAUACUAUAUGUGUGUGUACUGUGUAUAUUUAUUAUGUAUAUAUAAAUACACACACAUAAAUGUAUAUAUUUAAAAAAAAAUUUUUAUGUAUAUACAUUAAUACUUGUAUAUAAUUUAUAUUUUAUAUAAAUCUAAAUAUUUUAUAUAUAAAUCUAACAUAUUUUUCCUUAAUAUAUAUAUAUAUAGCCCUAGACUUUUUUAUCUCACAAUUUGGACUUAUUCUCUUGAAAUUAUGAGGAAAAAAACCCCCCUCAGAAUUCAAAGAUGUAAACUUAGAAUUCUGACUUUUUUCUUUUUUUUUUUUUAUAUCUUGAAAUUAUAACUUUUCUCUAUGAAUUCUGAGUUUACAUCUCGCAAUUCUAUUUCUCGCAAUUGCAACUUUUUUUCUCACAAUUCAUACUUUUUUCUCACAAUUGCAAAUGUAUAUCUCGCAAUUAGUUUUCUCAGAAUUAUGAGAAAAAAAUUGAAUUAUGAGAUAAGUAGUCACAAUUAAGUUUAUUUAUUUUUUCAUCCAUCCCUUGGCGGAAACAAACUUCCAUACUUUCUGGUCCAGCUUCAAAUACAACAAUAAAGUUGUAUACCUCCUUUCAUGUUCUGUGCAAGAAAGAAAAUCAUACAGGUUUGGAACAACAUGAGGGUGUAAAUGAUGACAGACUUUUCACUUAUGCAUUAACUACAAUACACAUUUAGCGCAUCUUGUGAUAAUACUUACUACCGUCUCAGCUUCUUGGUCUGUAUACAACAGGUCAAGGUUUGUAAAUUAGCCAUCUGUUCAUUGGACUGAUCAGCCAAAGCUCUUGCUCUCAGGGUUGUCAUCUCACUGGCUGGAACCAUAACAAUUUUUUAAGCAAUCCAUUUGUGCUGUGCUCCCUUAGGCCAUACAUAUUUUAAUAACUGUUUAACAUUAAAAAUGAACUUGAACUUUGUAGAUAACUUGUAUUUUUGAUCAGGGGCACGUUGGUUGUCACAACCACAGAUUGUCGAUUUUAACACAGACACACUCACACACAAACAACAAGUGUGCCGUUUUUACUUCUCAAACUACUAAACCGUAGUCUAUUAAACAAGUAUUUAAAUUUGUAUGGCCUUCACAAUCAUAUAAAACUCUUAACAGUUACUGGUUGUAACAUAAUUUUUCUAAAUGUGUAUUUAUUAUUGCUUUACAUCUUAAAAGAAGUAAUAUUUCAUGUAUUAUGAAUAUAGAAAGUGUUUGCUCAAUAGUUGUAAUCCAAGUGUACACAAACAUACUUAGCUACAAAUUGAUUAUAGUGUUGAUAUUUCUGUUUGCUGUGUUAAGAUUAAACAUUUCGCAAGCAUCUCAUUAGUGAUUUUUGAUAAAGAUGUUUUAUUUGACGAUAAGUGAAUUUCAGCUGAAAUGUGUAUUGAAACACCUCGCCUUAGUAAGUGAACAUGUAUUUACGCUUUUAGUGUUGCAACACUGUCAGGUACGUUUUUGCUCCCUUAAGGUUUUAGAUGAUAGUAAGGGCUGUUUGUGAAGGUUUCAGUUUGAACUUGAAAUUACUUUUGAUUAUUUUUUUCUAUAUGAGUUGCAUUAACGAUAUAAUUUUCUGUAGAUACAUGAGACCGUAAAGAUACUUUUAUUAACCCAGCAAGUAUUAUUGGUGUUAUGGAAGUGUUGCAUAUAAUGUUCAGUUUUGCAAAUGUAAUACAUUUUUGUAUGUUUAUGUAUGUUUCUAAAUUAUUUUAUGACUUUCCGUUAUUCUGUUGCAUAAGUGUUCCAUUUUUGCCAUUGUUGACUGUUUAAAUAUCUUUGUUUGGUGUAUUAUGCUUUAUUGCGAUGUGUUUACUUGGGGUUUUAGUUGAUGCGAUAUGAAGUUUACAUUCAUCAUACAGCUUUCACUGCCACUCAGCCUGAGAUUAAUGCAUUUAGAUUUCCAUUGACCUCGAAUUUUGCAAAACGACACAAUUUAUUGAAACUGAUAUGAUGCUUGAGGAGUUGUGUUGCUAGCUAGUAAGAGUGCUUUCUGAAUGUACACAAAUCCUUCCUCUUACUUUUGAGUCUCUACAAAAUUCUGGAUGGCUGGUGUUUGAUAAAUGCAGUCAUUAAUUGUGGAUUUAACAUGUAAAGCAGUUUACCUCUGACUCAAAGCCAAAAGAAAAUACACUGUAAAAAAAGAGCAAAUUCUAGCACAAUUUAAUGCUGUUUUGCCCUGACAAAUCUUACAUAAUGUAGAAUUUGGCAUAGUCUGUUCAUACUUGACACCAAACUUUCAUACAAAAGGCUGCCUACCUGUACUUGAGUUAUGAAAAAUAUUAAUUCAGUAAAAUGACUGAAUCCUCUAUUGAAACCGAAUCCACUUGAAACCUAUCCCUGACCUCACUGUAAAUAUCAUUUGUGCCUUUUCUAGUUUGGGUGUGUUUCAGAACAGUUCGAGGCUUUGUGUUGUUAGCCAUUCUGCUGAUUUGCUCUGCAUAAAAAAUGUAAACCUUUCACAUGAAGGUAUUUGUGAUUGUGAUUUUGCUGCAACGUUUGUAUUGCCCCAGUUUUUGUAUUUGUAUUAAGACCAUGUUAUUUCAAACAAAUGCUUUUUAUCAAGGAAACGUCCUCCUCUCUGAAUCAUUAUUUGAGUCCUGCAUUCUAUGCAUUUUUUAUGUCUGUGGUUAAUCAAUAAAUGAGAAGAAAAAAACGUGCACACUGUUGUAAUGUAAUAGCCUACACACUUUUGAACUGA